AUGACAAAAGCGUACUCUAUUGAAAGCGAUUUUGAAGACAGCAAGUGGCCGUUUACUGGUGAAGGCGUCUUUGAAGAUGUGCUGAAGCCCAGAGGAGCUGGGUGUACUCAAGUCAGUAAGAUUCUUGCCCGUGCAGAUGAACACGCAGGAGAGUACUCGUUCGGUGGACUCGCAGAUACGUUACCCGCUAUAUCCGGGCUGUUUGUGGGCAGUGUGGGCACCAUUCACACGCCGUUAGUCGCCGACCAAGCUGAAAAGCUGAUCGCUCUGUGUAAGAAGUCCCCCUUCGGCCACAACCUCGACACCAAGAUGGACGAGAACGUCCGCAGGAGCUGGCAACUGGAGGCGAACUUGGUCCAGUUCAAGAAUCCCUCGUGGCAAGUCGGCAUGGACAAGCUGCAGAAGGUGAUCGCGGACCGCCUGGGCUACACGGACGUCCCGUUGGAGUGCGUCUUGUACAAGUUGCUGGUGUAUGGGGAAGGAGGCCACUUCGUGAAGCACCAGGACACGGAGAAGGAGGACGGGAUGAUCGCGACCUUGGUGGUGCAGCCGCCCAGUGCGCACGAAGGCGGUGACCUGGCCGUGUAUCGAGAUGGGGAGCUGACGUAUCGACACGAUUUCGGCAAAGCCGACGGUAGUGCAGCGUUCGCAACGCAUUAUGCGGUACACUAUGCAGACGCCGAGCAUGCUUUGGAGGAAGUGACGAAAGGCUUCCGCCUCGUUCUCGUGUACUCCAUCUGUCUGCCGUCUACAAUGCGGCACUUGAAGAGAACGGAAGACAAACGUCUGAGCGAAGAUUUGGCACAAGCAAUAGCGAGCAUGGGCAGUGAGAAGAAGACGAGCACAAAGGCGACAUCCGACGAGAAACCUGCAGACACUCAAGACGAUAUGAAGGACGCGGAUGACAAGAGUGGCGACACCAAGCGGGAAGAGAAAGAUGAUGAUGACGACGAUGACGAGAGCUAUUUAGCCUAUGAAGAAGACGAGGAUGAGGACGACUCUUUCGCGCUGUUGCUGGAUCAUGAGUACACCAUGAAAAGCAUCCUGAGUCUCGGUUCUGAAGCACUGAAGGGGAUCGACCGCGCGCGACUACACGCCCUUGAAGGAGCCAACGCACUCGUUGCACCCGUGAAGAAACGCCGCUUCUUUAUUGCUCAACUGGCCCAUGAUGUCAGUUUCUACGACUGCGGAGACUACGGAUCCGAUGAAGAGCUAUGUCACCGCGAGUCGAUGACUUGGUACUCGAUGACGGGAGAAGAUCUUGGCCAAGUCAAGAAUUCUCGACAAAAGCUCAACCUGCUCAAUCCUGGCCACGAAACUCUUCUGGAUCUCUGGACGGACAGUGGCGUCCGAACCAAAGAAGGCGGAUACACCGGAAAUGAAGGCUCGACUCGAAUCACGACGUACUCGAGGUACGCGAUCGUUGCUUGGCGAGUGGUGGAUCACGCCAAGAAGGCGCUGAAGUUUAUGACAAUUGAUGCCGCUGCGGAGGCUCUGCGCGAACAGAAACCGGUGGAUGGCGCAGCACUUCGCACGCUCCUCGACGGUGCCACUGCCAAGUUGAAAGCCGAAAACCAAAUCAAGGAAUACGGUGAAGAAAAGGAAGAGUUAUCUAUGAUGUUUCGUGAGGUGGUGUGCGACCUUCUCGUAGACGCUGGUGACCCGUCCGUGGUGAAUUUAUUCUUCAACGACCACUGCGGAGCACUUGGUGAUCUGGAAGGGAAUGGAGCGUUGGUUCCUUCAAUUACGAAGAUCCUGCGCGUGUAUGACUGGGGUCAAAUCGGCGAAGCUGUUUUGAAGGCAUUGGGUAAAAGCGACCAUGGAUACUUGGGAGGGUUUUCGACACUGGAGUUGAUACUUCGUCUGACCGACGGUCUCGAUGCUGGUACGGUUAGGCAGGCACUGAUUGAUAAGGCCAUGCAACAAAUAACGGCGACGAACGAUGAAGACCUGCUCGAAUCGAGUUCCAUUGGGUUGCUGUGGAAGGUGGCUAUCGAUUGUGGCGACAAGACGCUGUUUGACACUGUGGCGAAUAGACUGAAGAAUGCAGACCCCAGCCUGCUUGGACCUUCCAUCCAGUACCUUUCCCAGUAUGUGAACAGUGCCGAUGGAAACGAUGAGAAAGUUACGCUAGUGGCGUUUGUCGCUCCAAAGCGGGUCCAGUGGCUCCGCGACCAAAUUGAAGUUUUGGAGAAGCCAUUUUCGUGGGAAAUGCGUGAAGCGGAAUUUCCUGACAACAAUGAGAUUCAGUCGUUUCUGCGAAGUGCGGAGGGCUCCAUGGUGAUUAAAGGCGCGGAGAAAAAGUUUAACGAUCUCGAAGAGGCGAAGCAGUUCGCGGCCAGAUGGAUGAAAGAGGAGCAGACGAUGUGUUCGUUUGAGAUGGAAGCUGAUGAGACGAACGGGGACGCAUUCGUGAGGAUCACGAAAACUCGCGACUGGUCCUUGAAGCAACAGAGCCACUUGGUGCUCUACCGGAAGGAACUGCGUCGCCUGGUGGAUCGUGACGAAAACUCGAACGGGGAUGACGGUGACACGAAGAAGCGUAGUCGUCUCGACUAA